AUGGACGUGAAACAGGCUCAGCAGUCGACGCGUCCGCCGCCUCGUUUGCGCGUCAAGACUGGCUGUCAAACCUGCCUCAAGCGCCGCAAGAAAUGCCCCGAGAACCGACCGGUAUGCGCAACUUGUGAACGGCUCCGUCUCUCUUGUGUCUACCGAGACUCAGCACCGCCUGCAACUUCUGACCUGGUCCCAGUAAAGGCACAAGCUGUAUCCAGUGUAGCCGAGAGUCCACCCGGGCUUCUACCUCUGACCGCGUCAUUGAGCAUCCGACCCGAGGGGCUGAGAACGGCGCGCGACUGGAACGUGUUCAACUACUGUGCGACCAAGUACAUGAGCGUCAUUACAUCGCCUGAGUCUCUCUCCAAGUUUCGAGACUUGUCCUUCGUCUUCGCCAUCGGCUACGACAAGCCCUGGGUGGUGCAUGCCGCCCUUGCACCUGCCGCGCUCCACGCCUCGUUCUCUUCCUUGGUCACCAAGGAGGACGCCGUGCUCUACACGCAGAGUGCCAUUCGAGGGCUGCGACAGUCUCUUCUGCCGUCGAGACCUGUGACCCUUCGUCGGGAUCCAUGUCUUGCGACCUCUUUGUUCCUCGCUGAUUUCUAUUUGUCUCCCUUCAACGCGGGCUUGACGCACCACCAAGCCAUAGCGCAAUUACUGGAGGCCCAGUUCGCUGCUUCGUCCCGCCUGGACAUCAAGUCGCUGUCGAUCCUGCACUUGACUCUACUCGAUGCGAGCUUGUAUCAUCUGUCCACCAGACUGAUUCUGGAAAAAGACAUUGAUGCUAUCUGGGACGCCUUCCCGUCAGCAACUUUCAGCAAAUACAUCGAGGCACAUGAAAGUGAAGCGAGAGACGUCAACGCCCAGCGACCGAUCUUACCGGUGCUCGGGAGGACGCCGCCGGCUUUAUUCGUCCUAAUCUUCCAGGUCACCUGGCUGAGCCGGAAAGUCCCAUCUCCCGGGGACGAGCACUACGGGCACGCUUUCCAAUACUUGAUCGAACUGGACCGCAUCGAGGACAACUACCCCGGUGUACGUAGCGAGGAAAACACAGUCUUGGGAGCUCAUGGGACCGCCGCUUCACACAACUCCGAGCUUGCGGCGAAACUCUACUUUCUCGCCGCCCAAAUAUUUGUGGCCAAGGUCGUCAAUCCCCACGGAGUCACUUCCACGUCAACCCAAAUCCAGACUUUGCUUAUAAAGGGAAUGGCGUUGCUGGAACUGUUCGAUCCAACUGUCCCUUGCGGACAAUUCAUAUGCUGGCCUCUACUAAUCCUGGGCUGUGCAGCAUGUGCAACAACCGCCUCAGAAGCCGUACAAUGUAGCGAUGAGCCUGAGGUUCGCCGAGGGCAGAUGCGACGCCUUAUCCAAGAACGACUCCUGCGCAUCUGGAAUGUCUCAUAUUCAGGCUAUGUGCAGAGAACCUUGGGCGCUCUCGAAAAGGUCUGGAAGCUGCCCGGUAUUAUUGCACGGAUACCUACAACCGGGUCUCAACUUCCCGGCGUUGAAGCCGAAUAUGACGGACUCAAUGCACUGCUUUCCAAAAAUGGCCUUGGCGUCGCCUUUCCCGCAGGCAAUUUCCGGAGACUGAUAUAG